AUGGGAAUAGUACCUGACGCAGCGGUUCUUGUGGUGUGACAGUCUCUAUCGAGGGGGCAGAAGGUCCAAACACUCGUUGCGCCCAUGAUAGGUGUCUAGUGGGCAUAGUCGGGUUUGGCCUAUGGGGCACAGUAGAGUCUAGCCCACUAGGUGUAGAUAUGGUGUGCCCAAGAGAUGUGUUUGGGGCCAAUAUAGAGGUCUCAACUAGUGCUGGGAUCCUAGUUGGUUUGAGGGGCUCAAUCUGAGAGAGCCUAAGGGCCCUUAUAGGUAGAGGUAAAACCGGCUCAAUCUGUUGACUCGGGGUAGGCCUAGAGGACGUGGUCGAGGGUGGACGUAAAAGUCGGCGUCCUAUCUUCUUUUUGGGCCGCAGGCUGUUGCCCCUUACCUGGGCAAGAGCUUGGACAGGUGCAGCCUGAGCCGGCUGCUCAGGCUCGGCCUGGGCCACCUGGGCCUGGGCCGGUGCGUCCUGAGCCGGCGCAGCCUCGAUGGGCUGGGCCGGCAUGGCCUGGGCUAA